AUGGCCAUGGCGGGCGACGCCGGGAACUGGACCGCCGCGCGGCAGACCGCGGCGAGGCACGCGGCGAGGUAUCCCACGGAGUCGCUGCUGCUCAUGGUCCACGGCGGGAUCUUGUGGCGGCAGGGGCACCUCAAGGCGGCGGUGGCGCCGCUCACCGACGCGAUGGCGCACGACGAGAACGAAUGUCGCGCCGCGCCGUGGCUGUUCGAGGUGUUUCUAAGGCUGGACAUGAAAGAGGAGGCGCAGUGGGUGUGGGACAAGUGCUGCGAGGUGAACCAGGGGCUGACGGUGUCGCUGAAGAACAUCGCGGCGUCGGUGACGCGCGCGCAGAAACUCCACGCGCAGCGGCGGCGGUGA